AUGGACGACCCGGAGCACUGGCCGUGGCUCGUCGCACGGCUCGACCUCAACCAGAAUACCGAUCCCCGCAUCAAUUCUACCCGAAACGACUCGAGCGGCCAAGGCACACUCAGCGCGACGGCAAACAGCAAAAGCCCAUCACUCUCCAAGCUCGGUGGCACAUUCAUCCCCAUCGGCAUUAUUCUCGGAGUAACCGCCAUCCUCUUCUUUUUCCUCCGUCCUAGAUUGAAGCGCGUGUAUGCCCCGAGAACCAUUCACGCCAUCCGAAGGCCGCUAGAACCGAGCCCAGAGUUGCCCAGCGGCAUCUUCAACUGGGUGGUGCCUUUCUUUAAAACUCCUGAUACAUUCAUUUUGAACAAUGCAACCAUCGACGGCUUCUUCUUCAUUCGAUACCUCAAAGUACUACGGAACAUUUGCUUCGUCGGAUGCUUGCUCGCCUAUCCUAUUCUAUUCCCGAUCAACGCGACUGGUGGUAAUCACAAUUACCAGCUUGCCGCUCUGACCAUCGGCAAUGUCAAGGAUCCCAACAAGCUGUACGCGCAUCUCUUUGUUGCCUGGGCCUUCUUCGGCUUUGUUUUAUUCACCAUCGUUCGAGAAUGCAUCUACUACGUCAACCUGCGCCAAGCAUACCUCUCUUCACCCCACUACGCUCAGCGCAUCUCAUCAAAAACCAUGCUCAUUACUGGCCUGCCCGAGUACUAUCAAGACGAAGCCCGCCUUCGAAAGUUGUAUGGGGACUCGGCAAAGAGAAUAUACCUCCCACGAAGCAGUAAAGUGCUCGCCAAGCUUGUCAAGGAGCGAGAACAGACCGCAAAGCGACUGGAGGACGCGGAAGUGAAGCUUAUCAAGCUGGCCAACCAUGCCCGCAACAACUACCUAAAGAAACACCCAGACCACCCUGUCAACGAACCGCCGCCAGGACGCGCCGAAGAACAAUGCGAGGUGGAUGUUGAGUCUGCAAGCUCUGAGCGACAACUUGCAUCGGCGUCGUCAGCGUCUCCUACCUUGACCAGGUUCUCAAGCGACAAGCUCCAGGUUGACCUCCCUGGUCCAACGCUACUCUCCGACCAAUCGAUCGAGCAUUUGCCGCAGCGGAAUUCUGACGAGACCAAGGUCGACGACACCGAGAAAAAGGAAGAGCGCGUCAGGACCGAAGAGGAUCUGGAUUAUGUGCAUCCGUAUGGCUUGCACGAUACGCUACCCGACCUGCGCGGCUCCGUGGCGUCCCUCUGGAUCCCGACCAGCAAGCGCCCUCACCACCGCCCGAUUGGCAACUUUUUGCGCCGCGUAGACACGAUUCGUUGGACCCGGAACCGACUUCGCGAACUCAACCUUCUCAUCUUCAAAACGCGCCGUGUCGUGCGACGUGGCGAGGCCGGCGCGGUGUCUGCCGCGUUUAUCGAGUUCGACUCGCAGGAGAGCGCGCAGGCGGCGCAGCAAGUCCUCGCACACCACCGCCCACUGCAAAUGUCGGUGAGGCUGCUGGGCAUUCGCCCGGACGAGGUCAUUUGGAGCUCUCUCCGCAUGAAGUGGUGGGAGCUCAUCAUGCGACGCACGGCGAUCCUGGCACUCGUUCUGGCGGCCAUUGUAUUCUGGUCGAUUCCGGCCGCGUUUGUUGGAUUGGUGUCGAAUGUCGACUCGCUAAUAAAGCUUGUGCCGUUCCUCUCGUGGAUUAAUAAGCUUCCAAAGCUCAUCACCGGAUUCAUCCAGGGCUUUCUGCCUGCCCUGGCCCUCUCACUCCUCAUGGCAGCCGUCCCCUUUAUGCUUCGCUUCUGUGGCCGCGUCUCGGGCCUCCCGUCCACUAUUCGAGUCGAACUCUUUGUGCAAAACGCCUACUUUGCGUUUCAAGUCGUUCAAGUCUUUUUGAUCACUACAUUGACCUCUGCCGCUUCCGGCGCCAUCACGGAGAUUAUCAAAAACCCUCUUGGUGCAAAGGAUCUGCUGGCAAAGAGCUUGCCAUCCGCAUCCGAUUUCUAUCUCUCAUACAUCCUCAUCCAAUGUGUCCUCAGCGGCUGCAAGGAUCUCCUACAAAUCUGGCCAUUCUUGCGUCAUGUCGUCCUGGCGAAAAUUACAGACAACCCCCGCAGCAGAUACAAAGCUUGGAGGGAACUGACAACUCCAGGUUGGGGAGGCAUCUUCCCCGUAUACUCCAACAUGGGGGUCAUUGCGCUAAGCUACUCUUGCAUUUCACCCCUAGUCCUGCUAUUCGCGGCAGGCGGAUUAUGGUUCAUCCAGAUUGUGUGGAAGUACAAGCUGCUAUACAUCCUGGACUCUACACAUGAUAGCAAGGGUCUUUUCUACCCGCAAGCCUUGCUACACCUCAUUGUCGGGCUGUACUUGGCGGAAAUUUGCAUGAUUGGGCUCUUUGCCCUGAACAGUUCGUUUCCGCCCGUCGUUUUGAUGCUCAUCUUCUUGCUCUUUACUUUGCUUGUCCACAUGUCGAUAAGCGAUGCCAUUGCGCCGCUUUUGGUCAGCCUGCCGCAGACCAUGAAGAUUGAAGAAGAGAUCCAAAUCGAGGAGAAGCAAAAGGCGGUAGCCGCUGCGACGGCGGCUGAGGCAGCGUCAGAAGCCCCCACCGGCGCGGCAAGCAGCUAUUACGACGAGGCUCAGUCAUUUGGCGAGGAGCGCAUCGAGAGCGAGGAAGAGGAGGGGGAGGAGGAGGAGGAGGAGGAAGGGGAAGAGCACGUGGUGACGGGAACCAGAGCGAUGGAGGGCGCCAGCAGCGUGCGGUCGACGGCCGUGGAGUGGUUCAAGGGAAGCACCAAGAAGAAGAUCAAGACUGAGUUUGAAUCGCCGUUCCUCAAGCAUUGGCUUGGCAAGAUUGGCAUCAACAUUGGUCCGGAGAAUGCUGACAAGCCCAACUUCUUUCAACGCUUCCUGCACCCGGAAGAAUACGAAGACUUCAUCGCCCUGCGAAAGCUCAUCCCCGCCGACAGCCUGCCCAACCAGGUGUACGCGGAAAACAACAAGUACUGCAACUACGCACCGCCGGACAUGUGGAUGCCGAAGCCGUCGCUUUGGAUCCCGCGAGACGAGGCGCGCGUGAGUCGACAGGAGGUGGCGCACUCGCGAGUCUUUACACCCAUCUCGGACCGCGGUGCUGUCCUGGACAAGGAUGGACGGGUUGUUGUAUAUUUUGACCAGGCACCGUGCCACGAGUCAAACCUGCUGUUGUAG